GUGGUUUUAGGCAUCCGGCCAGUUCGCGAGCCGCCACAUCAUCACGAGACGCCCGUAGUCGCGAACGGCAUUAAAGUUUCAAAUUUUCAUUCGGUCGGACGGACGGUAGCCAGAGUUCAAUCCGCACCCGCAAACGGUUUUCAGUUCGCCUUUUCGACUUUUUUUUCAUCGACCCAGUUCGCCAAUAAUCGACCGAGAUGGUUUACGAAACCGACUUUUACACCACUCGAAGACCCUACAGGGCAUCUCCGUCGCUCUCCACGUACACACUGACGUCGGAGCCCUCGCGACAAGUGAGAAUCCUGCCUGGUUUAGGAAAGGUGCACGUUGUGCAUUCGUACGACCGCAUCAUCCCCUACAUCGGGCACAAGCGGCUCACCGUCGUCACGCCAACACCGACUGUGGUGCGGGUGCGUCCGUCGACGCUCUAUCGCGAAUUCGACCGCAUCGAAAACAAACUUAGACCGUACACGUACAACUCGUACACCAACGAUUACCUCAACUCCGAUAGCCAUGUGAGGAUAAUCUAUGUAAGAAAUCCGAUUACCGGUAGCUUACCAGUCUAUCGUCCUUCGACCCUUUAUACCAGCCGUUAUUACGAUCCUUACUAUAUCUCCCGCGUCUACUAUCCUUCGUACCUUGACUACACCCCUACGUACCUUCGCUCGCUGCUCCCGGCGACGAGAAGUUAUUACUACUCGCAUCUUAGUUUAUAUCCAUCGGAAAGAUGGUUGGAUCUAUCUCUGUACCCGUCCUGGCGCCACACUCAUUACGCACGCAUGUUCGAUGAUGAAACGAGAGCGAUCCGGGCGCAGAUCAACUCACUGUCGAAUCAAGUGCACCUUCAUGUGCCACGCAAGCUCAGGCAGAUGCCAUUGCCCUACACACCCUACACCAGCUACUCUAGCAGAUAUGAGGAAGCACCAGCCAGGUGGUCCAACGACAACUACGUUCACAAGAUGAUCUGCUCUACACCAUCGAACUCAGCUGAAUAUACUACUUACUGGAGUGAUCCUGUCAGGAGACAAUUUAACAAUGGCCGCCUCGCAUGUGUGUCCAUCGUCGGCGGCAAGGCACAACCACGCCGCAAGAACAUCUACGUCUACCACGAUGAUCCUGUAAGGAGCGACAUUCAGCUGUUGAGCUACUACAUCAAUCGCUUCCGUGAAGAGAGAAACAUCAAAAAGCCCAUCAGCGUCCGAGUAAUCUUACCCCCACUACGACCUUCUCGGGUUUUCUCAGUACCACGCCCAUUGGAGGACGCGCAUAUGGACACUGAGGAAGUGGUCCAGAUCAAGCAGGAACGCGCUGCACGUCUGGCCAAGCUCAACGAGAUCAAUCCGGCUGAUAUUCCAAAGGUUGAUGUUAAAGCUAAACUAGCUGAAGAAAAAGCUAAAAGAGAAGCGACUUUAGGUGGUUCUUCAAAGAAGGCCGCAGAAAGGAAGAAGGAAGAGGAAGCUGCUAAACAAGCAGCUGCUGAAGAAGAAGCAAAGAAACAGGAAGCUGCUGCAGCUGCCGCUGCGAAGAAAGCUGCGGAGGAAGCAGCAGCUGCUGAGGCAGCUAAGAAAGCAGCUGAGGAAGCUGCUAAAAAGGCUGCUGAAGAAGAAGCCGCGAAGAAAGCGGCUGCCGAAGCCAAAGCAAAAGAAGAUGCUGCAAAGGAAGCUGCUGCCAAGGCCGCUGAAUUGGAGAGGUUAGCUGAACAAGCUAAACAAGAAGAAUUGGCUAAACAGAUUGAUCUUGAUAUGCUUCGUCUUCAGGCUGAAAUUGAAAAGGCAAAGAAAGAAGAAGAAGAACGCGUUCGUUUGGAAGAAGAAAAACGUCAGGCGGAAGCCGCUAAAGCCGAAGAAGAAAGACAGCAAUUAUUACGUCUUGAAGAAAUAGCGCGUCAAGCUGAAGAAGAAAAGGAGGCCGAGCUCGCACGACAAGCCGAAGAACUUGCCGAAAUGGCGAAGCAAGAGGCCGAAUUAGCCGAGAAAGCCAAAGCAGAAGAAGAAGCUGCUGAACAACAGCGUAAAGAAGCAGAAGCAGCUGAAUUAGCACAAAAAGAAGCAGAGUUAGCCGAGUUGGAAACCAAAGAGAAAGAACUCACUGAACAAGCUGAACAAGCACGUGCGGAAGCUGAUGAAGCAGCCGCAGAAGUAACACCAGCUGACAACGAAGCAAGCAGUGAAGAACCACUGGUUGAAGAACCUGAAAGUCCAGCGCCUGCUGAAGAAUCAACUGCGGAACCAGCAGAAGAGGUUCCAGCGGAGGAAGAAGUUGCUGAGCCAACUUCACCAACCGAGGAGUAAAUUCAAUGCAUUAUAUAAUUUUGUUUAUUUACAAAUAAUUUUAUUUAGUUUGCAUUUAAUUUUUAAAAGAUUUUUGAAUAUCAGCACGGAAGAUAUUGUUCAUAUUUAUUAAAUCAUUUGGAUGUGUUCGAAUAAGACAUGAAAGACGAACAGAAACAGAAACAAAAAGAAGCGUUGUUGUUGUUGUACUUUUGUGUAAAUAACUUAUUUAUUGUAACUUUAAAAAAAUUGUAUAUUAAACAAUUAAAUUAUCACAUUAAAUUGUUAUCUAUUUUAACAAAACAAA